AUGGCUUCUUAUUUCGGAAAGCUGGUACUCUUAUUCGCUGCGAUCCAAAACGCGAUCGCAGUGGUGACUUUUACAAUCCCCAAGCAGGCACAUACAGGCGGGUUCAGAUAUGCACCCCUUGACCCUGCGCCAGUUGGGAUAUCUUUCGAGUUCUUUGCCUUCCCGGCUUAUUUUACCAAUGUGAGCGCCACGAAUCAGUGCCUAUCCAAUUGGAAGGACUUGACGGGGGUUUGGCCGCCAAUACGCAUCGGGGGCACCACACAAGACCGAGCCCAAUAUGACUCUAAAAUUUCAGCAUAUGUUGUAUAUAGUGUUUCUAAUCCGGCCGACGCACCUGCAAGUUUGACAUUUGGCUCGAGCUUCUUGACUCUUGCGGGAUCAUACGCGGGGAGCGUGGUGGUCGGGUUGAACAGGGGUAAAAAUAAUAUUCAAAACACAAUUGAUGCAGCAAAGAUUGCCGUAUCCGAGGUUAAGAACUUGCUUGCCAUCGAAUUAGGAAACGAGCCGGAGUACUACUCGAGAAAUGGACAACCUAUUGCUUCUGGAGGCUGGAAUCCCGCCAUAGAUGCCGCUUCACAAAACAAUUGGGCAUUGUCAGUUGGGUCUGCCGUCCGAAAGUCACCGAUCAUUCAAGCUGGAAACUCCAAUGAUUCACCACCAACCUGGGGUGCAGCCGAAUUGAUUGCAACAGAGAACGCAACGGUCAAGAGUUACGUCAAAACCUACGCCCAUCACAAUUAUCCGGGUGGGAGUGUAACCUCACUUAUGAGCCAUAAGAGCAUCUCUAGCAAUCUUCAUGUCUUCGAUGCCGACGUAGCAGCCGCGUUGAAGGAAGGCAAACCAUAUGUCUUUGGCGAGACCAACUCAGUGUCCGGAGGAGGGGCUGCUGGGGUAUCUCCUACCUUUGGAGCGGCGUUAUGGACUAUGGACUAUGUUCUCCGUGCUAGUUACAGCAACAUAUCUAGGACAUAUUUCCAUCAUGGAACUGUCGGCAAUUGUCAAUACUGCUUUUGGGGUAGAUAUAGUAUGGGCGCGCCUUAUUAUGGUGCUUACGCUGCGACCGCAUUAUUGGCAAAGGCUUCUUAUCUCACGGCUCUCGAUGACGGAACCAGCAAUUAUGCAGCAUAUGUUUCGUUUAGCUCUGAUGGCACACCUUUGCGAGCGAUUUUAUAUAACUCUGACUACUUCAGCGGAAGCGGGAGCCGUUCCAGUCAGUCGUUCGACAUUCGCGGGUUAUCCGGAAACUCCCUCAAAGUCAAAAGGUUGACGGCGGAGAGUGCGAUGUCGAGAGUUGAUCAAGGGGGUAAGGUAACUUUCGGAGGCCAAACGUUUACCGAUGGUAGCUGUGCGAUGACAGGAACUGAGAGUAUCGAGUCUGUGGCGGUUUCUAAUGGCCAAGCAACUAUCACAGUCAAAGCCAGCGAAGCUGUGUUGAUCUAUUUACAAUAAUGGAGGAUAGAUCUUCAAUACUACGAUGGCAUGCGUUGAGCCUGCCUUGCUGUUGGUGUUAUCACCAAAACUUUUGCCACGUAAAAAAGUUGAUGUAUGGGAGAAUCAGAACUUCGAACUGAACAAAUCCUCCAAAGGUCGCAUUUCAUAUCAAAAUGGCUAGAAUUUUUAUUCAAGCCUGUAAACCAUAAAUAGAGCCUCAAAUGAGAUGCGACUUUGAAAAAUGGCUUACAACUUAUUAUAAAGUAGUCCCCAAGCA